UCGGAGAUGACAAGUCGCGUGAAGAUGGCCGAAAGCGCUUUGCAGCUGUUAGCCAGAGUUGGGGAGCGGCGUUCAUUAAAAGACAUCGAUCCGCGUAUUUUCCCUGAGAACGGUGGUCCAGUUCAAGGCGACGUUGUCGAGUUUCACGGAGUUGAGGGCAGCGGUAAGACAGAGACCCUGUAUCACCUAAUGUCCCGCUGCCUUCUCCCCGUCCCCAGCGGAGGCUUGGGAGUGGAUGUGGUCUUCGUAGACACAGACUACCACUUUGACAUGCUCCGGCUGGUGGCCGUGCUGGAGGCCCGCGUGAGCGGUGCGGGCCAUGAGCGUGAGGCGCAGGAAGAGGAGGAGGUGGUGGUGCGCUCCUGCCUGCGCCGGCUCUCCGUGGUCCACUGCUCCAGCUCCACCCAGCUCCUCCUCACCCUGCACUACCUGGAGGGCUCCAUCAGCGCCCGGCCUGACCUCAGCCUUCUCGUAGUAGACAGCAUCUCCGCCUUCUACUGGGUGGACCGUAGCAGCGGGGGCGACAGCCUGGCUCGGCAGGAGGCUAACCUGAGGAAAAGCGUCGAGCUCCUGAACAGGCUCCGCAGGGACUACGGCACUGUGGUCUUCGCCACCACGCACGCCAUCAUGAGGAAUUACGCGUCUGCGUCUAGCUCGGCGGCUGGCGGCUCGACGAAUGCCAGCGACUGGAGACCCGGAGCAGGUGUCACCGACUUCGACAAGCCUUAUCUCUGCAGAAUUUGGCAAAGGUCAUUGACACACCGCCUUCUGUUCUCCAAAAGUGAACAAAGUUCUGCGGUGGUGGGAGAGCCGCAGGUUUUCUCAGUGGCAUGCACCGCCAUAAGAACAAAAGGUGUUAAAAGAUGUGCGUUUCAUGUAACAGAAGGAGGUGUUGUGUUUCUCUGAAGGCAGUGCGUAUGUGUUCCAGGGGAAUGCACAGUUCAUACAUGCUACAGUCAUCAGUUUUUCCACCCUGAGCCCAUGCAAAACUCGUCAGCAAACCACAAAACCCUUUGUUCAUGGAAUUUAAAGUUUUGAAGCAUGAAAAUAUAAAACCUUUUUAGACCUCCAGAAGGUGUUCUUGUCUGUUCCUGGGAACGGCAAAUUUGCAUAAUGUGUUUUUCUGCUGGUCCUGCAUGCCUGGUGUAAGUUUGGUAACGAGGUGGGAAAAACAGCUGUGCAGCUCUUGGGAGUGAGUUGCUUUUUAUGUAGCUGUGUGUCUUUGGUCUGUGCAGAGCUGGACUGCAGUCUUUAAAAUAAGGGUCGUGUUUGUUAUUUAUCUACAGUCUCACCGGGUUCUGCUUCUUUUGUUCUGCUUCCUCACACUCCGCUGUAACUGCAGUGAGGAUUGUAAGGUUACAUCAGUGUUUUGAUUUCUGUCUUCGUACUGCGUCUUGAUUUAAAACUCGUUUCGCUGUUGCAGGGCGUCGGACGUUUACAAGUUUUGGGUGACUUCACCGUCCAUGUACUGCCCUUAUGCUUCAUGUUUGUGUUUAGA